CCGCCUCCAGCCGCCGCCGCCGCCGCCACCACCACCGCCGCUGCCCCGGCUGCCUCCUCCCUGAGGAAUUGAAGAGAAUCUUGACAAGUGGCAUGUUGGGAAAGGCCUGAAGGAAGCCAGACCAGCUUGCUCUCAGAGCUCCUUGGGUCCCCUGCGGCCCCCAGGUGAUCUUCAGCAAGACCUGGUGGGAACUUUGAGGCUCAGAGACAGAGCAGAAGACAGAACCUGGUCAUCUGAUUCCCUGUGUUCUGCUUUUUCUUGUUCCACUGGACGCUCAUCAGAGGGAAGAUCUUUUUCCUCAAUUGGAUAUCAGCUUCUUGAGAGCAGGGUCCAUGUUUGUUGCAUCUGUAUCUCCGCCUGUAGAAGAUUCUCUGGCAUAGGGAUUUUUGUGCAGGAAGUGUUUAUUCAGGAACUGAAUGGAUCUCAGAAGAUUAUCAUUUGGGAAUAGAUCUACAUGACAAGAAAGAACAAAGAGUCUCUCUCAUUCUUUUUCCCAGAUAUAUCCCGGGAGAAAAUACCCUCGACUUUUUCUUAUCUUUAAUCUGAGAAGGAAGCAGUUGUUGGAAUCUGAUUUAGGAUUGGCUCUAGUGGCCCUGUGUGCAGACACAGAUCUUGGGAUUCAUCUGACCAUUUGGGGAGAGAGGUUCUUGAGGGGCACCUUGAUGAUAACGAGUCUUUCUAAAGCUUUAAGUUUGGCGUUUGAGGUGGUUGGAAAUACCAGGUCUUCCGACUUUUACGUUCUUUGUGCGCACGCUGGUGAUGUGCGUAUGUGAACCUUUAUUAUUAUGGACUCAGCCAGCAGUAACCAUGAUACUAGCAUUGCAGUUGGCUGAACCUUGUGUCAACCAUCCAUUCCAGGAGCCAGCGAUCUGAGAUUCCAACAAUGUCUCACCCAUCUUGGCUGCCACCCAAAAGCACUGGUGAGCCCCUCGGCCAUGUGCCUGCACGGAUGGAGACCACCCAUUCCUUUGGGAACCCCAGCAUUUCGGUGUCUACACAACAGCCACCCAAAAAGUUUGCCCCGGUAGUUGCUCCAAAACCUAAGUACAACCCAUACAAACAACCUGGAGGUGAGGGUGAUUUUCUUCCACCCCCACCUCCACCUCUAGAUGAUUCCAGUGCCCUUCCAUCUAUCUCUGGAAACUUUCCUCCUCCACCGCCUCUUGAUGAAGAGGCUUUCAAAGUACAGGGGAAUCCCAGAGGCAAGACACUUGAGGAGAGGCGCUCCAGCCUGGACGCUGAGAUUGACUCCUUGACCAGCAUCUUGGCUGACCUUGAGUGCAGCUCCCCCUAUAAGCCUCGGCCUCCACAGAGCUCCACUGGUUCAACAGCCUCUCCUCCAGUUUCGACCCCAGUCACAGGACACAAGAGAAUGGUCAUCCCGAACCAACCCCCUCUAACAGCAACCAAAAAGUCUACAUUGAAACCACAGCCUGCACCCCAGGCUGGACCCAUCCCUGUGGCUCCAAUCGGAACACUCAAACCCCAGCCUCAGCCAGUCCCAGCCUCCUACACCACAGCCUCCACUUCUUCAAGGCCUACCUUUAAUGUGCAGGUGAAGUCAGCCCAGCCCAGCCCUCAUUAUAUGGCUGCCCCUUCAUCAGGACAAAUUUAUGGCUCAGGGCCCCAGGGCUAUAACACUCAGCCAGUUCCUGUCUCUGGGCAGUGUCCACCUCCUUCAACACGGGGAGGCAUGGAUUAUGCCUACAUUCCACCACCAGGACUUCAGCCUGAGCCUGGGUAUGGGUAUGCCCCCAACCAGGGACGCUAUUAUGAAGGCUACUAUGCAGCAGGGCCAGGCUAUGGGGGCAGAAAUGACUCUGAUCCUACCUAUGGUCAACAAGGUCACCCAAAUACCUGGAAACGGGAACCAGGGUACACUCCUCCUGGAGCAGGGAACCAGAACCCUCCUGGGAUGUAUCCAGUCACUGGUCCCAAGAAGACCUAUAUCACAGAUCCUGUUUCAGCCCCCUGUGCGCCACCAUUGCAGCCAAAGGGUGGCCAUUCAGGGCAACUGGGGCCUUCGUCAGUUGCCCCUUCAUUCCGCCCAGAGGAUGAGCUUGAGCACCUGACCAAAAAGAUGCUGUAUGACAUGGAAAAUCCACCUGCUGACGAAUACUUUGGCCGCUGUGCUCGCUGUGGAGAAAACGUAGUUGGGGAAGGUACAGGAUGCACUGCCAUGGAUCAGGUCUUCCACGUGGAUUGUUUUACCUGCAUUAUCUGCAACAACAAGCUCCGAGGGCAGCCAUUCUAUGCUGUGGAAAAGAAAGCAUACUGCGAGCCCUGCUACAUUAAUACUCUGGAGCAGUGCAAUGUGUGUUCCAAGCCCAUCAUGGAGCGGAUUCUCCGAGCCACCGGGAAGGCCUAUCAUCCUCACUGUUUCACCUGCGUGAUGUGCCACCGCAGCCUGGAUGGGAUCCCAUUCACUGUGGAUGCUGGCGGGCUCAUUCACUGCAUUGAGGAUUUCCACAAGAAAUUUGCCCCGCGAUGUUCUGUGUGCAAGGAGCCUAUUAUGCCAGCCCCGGGCCAGGAGGAGACUGUCCGUAUUGUGGCUUUGGAUCGAGAUUUCCAUGUUCACUGCUACCGAUGCGAGGAUUGCGGUGGUCUCCUGUCUGAAGGAGAUAACCAAGGCUGCUACCCCUUGGAUGGGCACAUCCUCUGCAAGACCUGCAACUCUGCCCGCAUCAGGGUGUUGACCGCCAAGGCGAGCACUGACCUUUAGAUUCAGUCACCUGUUCAGCCAGCACUGAGAAGAACGAACACAAGAAAAAGAUAAGAAAUACUAGAGUAAAGGCCAUCAAACUACGCGAUAGUCUCUGUUCUUCAUCUGCUAUUAACCUUGCCUUAGAAACACAUAAAUUAUGAGAUUUUUUUUAAAAGUUGUUACCAAAUACACAUUUCACAUUGAAUCAUGUAGGAUCUUGAUGGGCCUUUGUUCCCAAGGACUUCCACAUUUUUGCACAGAUUAUGCUCCAUCCCAUUCACUUCUGCAUUCCUGUAACUUUUAAUCCCUAUGUUUGUCUCACUUUUCAUCUGGUUGAAUGGCUUUUUUUAGUGUGGUAUUUGCUGUCACAUAGUUUUUCCUGGGUGAGUCUGCCAACUCACAGGUGCUUUUAGGCUUGAAAUCUCCGUCCUAUCAUUUCCGUUUUGCCUGUGACUGUAAAGAGUAGCCAUUCUUUUCCCAUGUAUUGAAGAGUAUAUUCUUCUCUUGCUUUAUACUACUCAUGUCCUUGGGGAGGGAAAUGCACAAUUUUUUUUUUGUUAGGCUGUAAAGAGUUUAAGCUGUAAAUUACAUAAGUUAGAACAAGCCCAAAUUUAAUUUGCAACCAUCAGAAUUCAGAAUCUAUAGUGACCAGUGAUCAAGGCUAAUUGGAAAAGAGUUAUUGGCCCAUAGCUAAUAAGUAGUGACAGACAACCGAGCUUCAAUAUUUUUCUAAAGAAAUUACAGGUGGGAUAUGCUAGAAAAGGCAUUUUGGGGUUAUGUUUAAAAAAACAUUAUUGUCCCACAAUAUUACCUUAAGAUUUUUCUUUUCCACACUAUCUGAACAUUGUAAUACAGACAAACUUGAUUUCUUCUAGAAGAUAACAUUUUCAAUACUGUCCCACUUCUCAUCUUAAAAAUAUUGUCAUGUUUAUUCUAAUAUCCAACACAACUAUCAAAAUUGCCUUUUCCCCUAGAGAAUGAAGGCUGUGAAAAAACAGUUCAAAUUCUCUUCUUUUUCUUUUUUAUUACCAGGUCCAUUUUGCCUGACAAUUGCAAAUCAGAGCAUAUAAAAUAAAACUGUGCAGUUUUGUUUGGUUUACUUUCAAAAGAGUAGAAAGCUUGAAAAGAUUCUGAAACCACAGUUUCAUUAUUCUCAUAAUCCUUCUGCAACUGAAAUUACAUAUUGCAGGAGACAUUUUCAUAUCAUCAAUGUGACAUUUACACCACACUUUCAAAGACAAUCACUGAAAAAAAAAUUGUCUUUAUGAGCUAAAAAUAUGCAGAAUCUCUGCCUAGAAUCUUUAUUCAAACUUUUAUUAGCCAGUGAAACACUUGCUUGCCAACUGCCAAGCCAUACUUAUUAAGUUCGAACAUGUUUCACUUACGGAGAGACACCUAGCUUAGUCAUGGCAAGUUGCCAUUUUGUAAACUAAGGAUUUUGGACUGAGAUUUCUUAAACCUUUCUUCAAAUCUCCCACAAAUAUAUACUUUUAAAUUAUGGAGUAUUUUAAGUCUACAAAAAGGUAUAAAUAAUAAUAUAAUGAAUUCCUAUAUACCUAAUACCCAGUUUAAGACACCAAAUAUAACAAGUAUAAUUACAUCCUCCAAUGUACCGUUUCCUUAUUCCACAGAUAUCUUUUUCAUUAUUGUGAAGUGAUGUUCAGAUUUCUAGUUUUUUUUCUAGUUUUUAAUUUUAACAUCAGAACUGAAAUAAAAAAUUACGGAUACGUGUUUUGAAUUGCAAACCAUUCCUCAGGAAUUCCAAUUAAAUUUAUUUUACUUGAGUAGGAAUGAUCAUAAAAGUGAUUCUUUUUUUGUGACUAGAAAUUCUUAAGCUGAUGGUCACUGCAGCUCAUCCUUAAUGUGUGGCUCAUUUGCUUUUGUCACUAAACGGUUUUGUGUUAGAACCACCAAAAUUAUAGCUUUUAAGAGCUUCCUUUGACCGCUGUCUUUUUCUUACCCUACUUCUCUUAUCUUUGAUCGUAUAUUUCUCAUAAUGUGAAAUAUGAUGAGAUUCACUUAGGGGCAGCAUGUUAGUUUUAGGAGGCAAUGUCAACUGUGUCUCUGAAUUCCUGUCUUCCAAAUUGAAGCCAGACCAUGCUGAUGACCUCAAGUAGCACUGACUGUUUGACAAUAGGGCUGAUAAUGUAAUCGGCUUGAAUUUUGACUUAGUAACUUUUUAUGUAAUACUUUCGGAGAAAUUCUCUUUAGGACAAAGCAAAGAGUCCAAUUUAUUGAGGGAUAGAUUGUAUCUCUUAAAGUGGUCAUAUUAUUAAUUUUGCCAAAAGAAGAAGAAUUUAUUGAAUAUUUAUACUAUAAAAUGCAGUAACAUUCUACUUGCUUAUUACAUUUAAAUCCUUGUGUAACUGAAUGUUUACAUGUCAAGAGGAAAAGCUGUAAGAAAAUGCUGUCACAGACCCAUCCCUGUGGCAUCGUCAGCAGAAUACUGCUUGCUUACAAUCUUUAUUAUGCAUUCUUAUAACAUAACCUCAGAGUAUCUUUACCAAAGGUUUUUAAAGUAAAUCUCUUUUUAAGAUAGACUUAUUCUUUUAUAAUAAUGAAUGUGCACUCAUACAUAUGUAGAAAUAUUUAGAUUUAGAGUUUUUUUUUUCUUUCACAAGGUAUAAUAAGGAAAGGAUCCUACAAUAUUUUAUUCUAGGGUUUCUUAAAUAUAUGAUUUAUAUUACUGUCUUUUCUAUUAAUCAUUUGAUUUAAACAAUGCCAAGUCACUCUUUUUUAGUUGCAUGAAAUUUUGCCUGCAACAGAGAGAAAAAGAUUGUAUUACUUUAAUGAUUAUAAUCAUACUGUCUGCUGAUAUAAUAUCAUAAUUGUUGUGGUUUAAAUACAUAAAUAGUAGAAAAAUCAGAGUCUAUAACAGAAAGUUUGUAAAAAUAUACUGAUUUUGAAAAGUAUCAAGAAUAUAAAUAUUUCGUAAUUCUGUGUAACAAGAGAGAUAUGGAAAAGGAAAAAAAUCCACUAUAUCAUGGGCUCUGCAGAACAUAUCAAACUAGGAUUUCUUAAAUUUUUCAACCCCCAGACCAUACUGACUCAACAUGGAGUCCCACCGGCAAAGAAAAUUGCCUUUAAAACUCGAAAAUAAGGCCAGGUGUGGUGACUCACACUUGUAAUCCCAGCAAUUUGGGAGGCUGAGACAGGAGGAUUGCCUGAGGCCAGGAGUUUGACACCAGCCUGGGCAACAUAGUAAGACCUUGUCUCUACAAAAAAUAAAAUAAAAUAAAAACCAAAUUAGCCAGACAUGGUGGCAUGUGCUUGUUUAAAAAAAUAAAUAAAUAAAUAAUCGACUCAAAAAUAAGUCAUGUGUCCCAGCAUAAGGCAUCAGGUUGUUAGAUGCUGGCAUCUCUGCAGCUCAAAGAUGUGGGUUCUUUUUCUUGUCAUUAACACAUUGUUAUUUCUGUAGGAGCAACUUCUCUGAUCAAAAUUACUUUUCUGGGUAUGUGCUGAUUAAGGGGGUGGACUUAUCAACACUAUAAUUGUUCCCUAUGAAAGAUUCUGCAUAGAUGUUUAUGGUGAGGUUUAAAGGAUAUGAAACUCUACAUUUAAACAAGUAUUUUAUAUUUGGGUACAGAGGAAGAAAGAGAGGGCUUUUUCCAUGGGGCUAUAGUAGAGAGUUAGUGGAAUAUAGACAAGACUCUGAAAACACAACUUCCAGCCAUUUUUAUAGUUAGUAAAAAUCCUAUUAAUGUGAACCAGCCAGGAAUAACAGUGUUAUUUCUAUUUGAUAUGGUUUGGGCUUCUCUUGUCAAAUCUGUGUCGGCUGCCCCCUGAUCCUUCCAUUAUCAAGUUUUGAAGGGUGUUGGGGAAAUUAUGGCAGCUGCUAGGGAGAUCAGGGAAACACUGAUGUAACCUCAAAGCCUCUCACCAUUCCUCUUGGCUUGGAAAGGCUUUAUUUUUUCAUAUACAUUUCUAGAAAUAUUGCUAUUCUACCUUAGUAUUUCACAUUUGUAGUUCAAACAAGCGAUUGUCCAUCUGUUGCCUAGAGCUAUAGUACAUGUGUGUUAUGAAUGAAAUAUGACAGCAUGUUCCAUACCCCUGCUUUAGCCAUCUGUGGGAAACCAGCAAACUGAAAAAGAUACCUCUGCAAAAUGUGCCUCAAGUCCAUUUCUUGGGAUCGCUCGUUUGAUGCACUCUCGUGGGAGACAAUCAGAGAACAACAUAUACUUGUGCCUUAUUUUCAAAGAAUCUAUUUACACUACUAUGAAUAUUCCACUGAAGAGUCAAUGAUGUAAAUGAUAACCACCAAAUCUCAAAAAUAUACUCACCAAAAAGUUAAAAAGUAAAAAAAAAAAAAAAAAAGAAAGAAAAGAGAGAGAGAAGUCAACUUUUCAUCUUAAUAUAUUCUAGUAGUAUUUAUUUUUUCCUUGUCUUGGAAGUAUCUCAUAGGUCUUUAAAUGAGUAAAACAUUUUUAUGCCAGAAGAUGAUAUAAUGGAUGUUAGUGUUUUUUAUUUGAUUUUACAGUAGUUUUAGUCAGAUAAUGAGGACAGAGACUUCAACUUGAUUCUUUACCACCAUUCAGCAUAUUUUUUAAUUGUCUUCAUUGUAUUUGCUUAAUAGUGGUCCAGACAAGUUCAAAACUUGUUCUCAGUGAGGCAUUAAUAUGGUGCAACCAUGAAUAUUUCAGGCCAAGUUAUUCACUUGACAGAUAACUAGAAUGAAACUUUUCUCAUGAGGCUGUUGUUUGGUUAGCAUAGCCUUACUUCAAACCUUAGAAAGUUACCUGACUGAAGCUACUAUGACUUGGUAAGGAUUCUUCCUCCCUUCCUUUCUUCCUCCCUUCCUUUCUGCCUCUUCCUUCCUCCUCUUCUUAUUUUCUUUCCUACUUUCCUCUCUCCCUUUCUUUCCUUCUUUCCAUCCUACCUAUUAGUGUUGCUCUACUUGGAUUUUUUGUAAAUUAAAUCAAUGCAUUAUGAUUUUCGGGAAUUAUGAUUAUAUUCAUAAGGGGAAGGCUACCAGAAAAUAUAUGUGGCAUCCAUAAAAUCUUCUUUUAUAGGGGCAUAUUUUUUAGGUUGUAUUUAUUCAUAAAGUGAAAUGAGAUAAUAGAGUCUUUCUGUGUCAUGUUAAUGAAUUUUCAUCAGGGACUGAGGUCAUAGAUUCUUGGAAAAUUAAUUUGUGACUGAUCUAGUUUUCUCAGCUGUAUGCAAAAUAAUCUUUCAAAGACUAGGUUAAGAUUUUUUUUAAGUCCAAAGCAAUGUAACCACAAAAAAUUAUAUUUUUAAUGAUGGCAUUUUAUUUUAUUCCAUUGCAGCUUGAUAACUUUCCUUAUAGCAAAGGAAUAACUAUUGUAUUUUCAGAAUUUUAACACAGAUUAACACUUAACCUGUAAGACUAAUAAUAUAUUGUAAUAGUUGAUACUAAAAUAUUUUUCAGCAGGUUGGACAGCACCAGUUUUUCUUAGAUCACAGACUACAGGCAGAAUUUCCCUUCAAUCCAGAAAAAAGGACACUAAUUUCCUUUUCUAUUUAAUUUUCCUGGCCCUUGUGCAAAAAAUUGUGGACUGUAUCUUAGUUGCAACAUGCAUGUCCCUUAUUUUGUGGAGAGCUGUGUGAAAGGUACGUUUUUUUUCUUUUUUGAGACGGAGUCUUGCUCUGUCGCCCAGGCUGGAGUGCAGUGGCACGAUCUCCUCUCACUGCAAGCUCCGCCUCCCGGGUUCACACCAUUCUCCUGUCUCAGCCUCCCGAGUAGCUGGGACUACAGGCGCCCGCCACCACGCCCGGCUAAUUUUUUUGUAUUUUUAGUAGAGAUAGAGUUUCACAGUGUUAGCCAGGAUGGCCUCGAUCUCCUGACCUCGUGAUCCACCUGUCUCGGCCUCCCAAAGUGCUGGGAUUACAGGCGUGAGCCACCAUGCCCCGCGCGUUUUUUUCUUUAGCUGAUUGACAGGUCCCCCUCAAAGUUACAAAAAAAAGUGCUAAUUUUUGCUGUUAAAUUCUGGCUGUUAUUUAACUGACAGAAGUCUCGUGAUGCACGAAUAAAUAUCUCUACAUCUGGCCUUUGUUAAAAAUAAAAAUUAAUAUUCUACAAACACCUACAUAUACUAGAGAGGGGUGAAACACUGCAGCUAAUUCCUUUAUAAUACUUUCAGAUGAUUGCAUUAAGCCUUUCAUGUUAUGUGGCAUUGUUAAUUUUUCCUAGAUACCCAUCCACUUAAGGGCCAGAGAAAUCCUUAUUCAUUUAACUCUGGUGGGCAUUUAUGUAACAUACCCAAAUAAAAACGUUAUUAAACAGCCACAAUCGCAUUCAGUCAAAUUGGCACUGAAUGUAGCUUCUAAAUUCAGUUCUCUACCCUACGAAUGGAAUGUUCUACCAAGAAAGGGAAGCAUCACCAUGUCAUCUUGUGUUCUACACCACUAUAGAGAGUUAGUUGCCCCCAAACACGAAUGCUAUUCCCAAAUAAAAUAGAAUCAUGCUUUGGGAGGCCGAGGCGGGCCGAUCACGAGGUCAGGAGAUCGAGACCAUCCUGGCUAACAUGGUGAAACCCCGUCUCUACUAAAAAAAAAAACUACAAAAACUUAGCCUGGCUCAGUGGCGGGCGCCUGUAGUCCCAGCUACUCAGGAGGCUGAGGCAGGAGAAUGGCGUGAACCCGGGAAGCGGAGCUUUCAGUGAGCCGAGAUAGCGCCACUGCAGUCCGGCCUGGGCGAAAGAGCGAGACUCCGUCUCAAAAAAAAAAAAAAAAAAAAAAAAAAGAA